AUGAAUAAAAUAUUUUUUAAGGCAUUUUUUAUCACAUUGUUAUCGGUGAUUCAUAUUGGAAGUGCUUUGUUAAAUAAUUUUGACAAUUCUGAAAAGGAUCUGGGCGAUGUGUGUUAUUUAAAAGAUAACAAAAGAGGAUCUUGUGAGGAAAUAAUGAAGUGCGAUCAUGCCAAAGAAUUAUUUCGAUCAAAAAGGACUUCAGAAAUUGUCAAUUGUCGAUUUAAAGGAAAAGUUCCAUUAGUUUGCUGUCCAACAUUAGAGAAACCUUCAACAUUCGAGCAAAUUUUAUGUAAAACUAAAAAAUCUCAAGGAACAAAGAAUGCAAGAAUUGGAGAGAUUUCUUAUCAUGUUGCACUUGGAUUUAAAAAUAAAAACGGAACGGUAGAAAUAAAAUGCAGUGGUUCACUGAUUGCUGAUAAUAUAGUUUUGACGGUUGCUGCUUGUGUUGAUAUGAAUGGUUCGGUGCCAGUGAUAGCUACUCUGGGGACAUCUCCUGUUUUAAACGAUACAUGGGCACAACAUAUAGCUAUUGAGGCAGUCAAAAUUCAUCCAGAAUAUUCAAAUGUGACCAAACAAAAUGAUAUUGCAUUAAUAAAGCUAAAGCAGCCUGCAAAUCUCUCGGAAGUUGUAGACACAAUUUGUCUUUCAUUUAGCGAUGAUAAAUUACCGAAAGAGCUUAACAUGAUCGAUUUUGCUAUUCCAAACCUUAAUAAAACUGAGUCUUGGCUGUUCAAAGGAACAACUCAUCAAGAAUCUCUGCAGAAGUGUAAAACAUCAAUGAGUAAAAUUGGAAUCGAAAUUUUGGAUUCACAAAUUUGUGUAUUAAUUGAUUCUGAAAAUAACAAUAGCUUGAAAGUUGCGGGGAAUCCAAUAAGUUAUGAAGAGAACAAUUCACAUUUCCUUUAUGGAAUCACAACUUAUGGAAUUGCAACCGAAUCAUUAAAUGCCGUAGUCUACACUAAAGUUAACAAAUACAUCAGCUGGAUUGAAUCAGAAAUGGAAGUCAUGAAGUGAAGAUGAAUUGUAAAAAUUUCAUGCUCAAAUCCGCAAUUAAAAUUAUUUUAAGAGACUGAAUUAUGAAAAUUGUAAAAAUAUUUGUUGAUUAUUAUUUUAAAUUAUUGUGAAACUAUUGAAAAGUUG